AUGCCUCUCUCCCAAUCCCCCGCAAUCCCCUGGAUCGCCUACCUCCUCUCAGCGAUUCCCAUUGGUUUCGGCAUCAACGCAAUGCUCAAUCCCCAAAAUGCUCUCUCCUGGUUCGAUUUUCCCCACCCACUCCUGCCACAAGAUCAGGAACUCAUCAAUGCCAUUCUCAUCGUCUACGGCGCGAGAGAUGUUUUCAUGGGCGCUGCGCUUUUUGCUGCUGCACAUUAUGGUAAUGACGCGAGGAUCACAGGCUGGAUCCUGAUUUUGACGGGAGCAGUGGCCGGUGUGGAUGGUGCUAUUUGUCCCAUUAUGGAGGGGUCUUUGCAUCAUUGGAGUUAUGGGCCGGUUGUGUUUCUUUUUGGGAGCGUUCUUGCCGCGGGUUUGUAG